AUGUCUCAUACGAUGUCCCAAGAUCCCCUUAAUCGCUUGCGAGCAGAAAUUGUUUUGGAAGUAACUUUCGCCAUUCUGGUUUGCCUUGCUUCCGUAAUUGGUAAUGUGCUGGUUGUUUAUGUCGUAAAUAAAUACUCUGAGAUGCAAACCAUCACCAACAUUCUUAUUCACAAUCUUGCACUGACUGAUAUUAUCAUGGCGACCCUUAACAUGCCGUUCUGGAUAACGAGCUUAUACUCGGGAAAGUGGAUUCUGAGCCAGGAAUGGUGUGAAGUUUCUGCAACAGUACAACAUACUAUGGGUUUGGCCACCUCGCUCAUCAUGGGCUUAAUUGCCCUGAACAGAUACAUGAAAGUCGUCAAGCGAACCAUUUAUAUCAAGUUCUUCCCAAGUAAAAGAGCAGCUUGGUUGUACUGUGGUCUCGUCUGGCUGGUUUCUGUGCUAUUCGCCACACCUCCAUUGUAUGGAUGGGGAAAAAUGAACUUUGACUCAGACUUUUUACUUUGCAUAUUCAACUGGAAGGAUGGACACUUUUCUUUUGUCAUAUUGCUUGGAGGGUUCUUCGACGUGACAAUGGUUGCUAUAUUUUACUCCUAUUGGAAAAUUUACCAAACAGUGAAAGAAAGCACAGAUAAUGUCAAUGCCAAUGUUCUUCAAAAUGGCGUCGGCGCAACGAGAUUCCACCGUACUGACAUCGAUGUUUUAAAGAGUUGUUUUACAGUGGUUUGUUUCUUUUUAAUUACAUGGUUUCCUAUAGCCGUAUGCACUUUUACAAUAACUAGUGGUGGCUACUUACCACAUGAGGUGCGUAAGGUAUCUGUGUAUUUGUUUUUCGCCAGUAGUCUUGUAAACCCAAUCAUCUAUGGGAUAAUGAAUCCGCAGUUUAAAGAGGCCUUCAAAAAGGCAUUUAGUUGUGGUCGUUAUGGCAGCGAUAAUACAGAUCAAAGUCAUGCAAGAGUUGCAGCAGUAAUAAUACAUCCGAGGAGCAAUGAAACUUGA